CGAGGGCGGUACUUGAAUCCACUCCUCUUCAGUCCCUGAGGAACCAGGAGAGAUUACUUCCGGGGCGUUACCCAGACGCCGGGACGCAAUUGACGUAGGUCUACGCCGGUGUCGUGAUGGAGCAGCAGCAACAGCAGCAGCUGAGGAACUUGCGGGACUUCCUGUUGGUCUACAAUCGGAUGACGGAGCUCUGCUUCCAGCGCUGCGUGCCCAGCCUGCACCACCGAGCUCUGGACGCCGAGGAGGAGGCCUGUCUACACAGCUGCGCCGGCAAGCUGAUCCAUUCCAACCACCGCCUCAUGGCCGCCUACGUGCAGCUCAUGCCCGCCCUGGUGCAGCGCCGCAUCGCGGACUACGAGGCUGCCGCCGCGGUGCCAGCAGUUGCCGCUCAACAGCCGGGAACCUCGCCGCCCGGCAGCUAGCCGGCCCCGGCCCCGGCCCCGGGAAAGGGCACAGUGGAACCUGGGACUCGAGGUGCAGGUGCGGGCCACGGGCCGAGUGCUGCCUGUAUAGAAUCAGGGGCUGCUUGAGACUUGGGGGUAGGUCCCGUUGCUCCUACAGGGGAUAAUAAACCCGCUUUUUUUUUUUUUUUUUUUUAAACUCUGGUUGGUGUAUAUGCUGCUUGGGGACACAUUACUUGCUCCCCUGACAAGAUCUUUUGUCACUCGGUGCAGAUCUGCCGGCUUCAGCCCUGGCAAUUGAGAAAUGGCUUUCUCCAAGUAGACUCACAGUCCUCUGAUUGAAACAGGGAGCAGGGUCUGUGAGUACAGUUUUGGUACCACUUUCAAGGUUGGAUAGCAACAGGAAGUUUGAUUCCUGCCCACGUGACAGGAAAUGGCACUGUGUCUGCCUGUCCAUAGAUCUGUGACUGAAGUCGCUCGUCGUAAGCAACAUACACAGAUGUAAAUUUGUAUGUGUGUGUAAGUUGUGUUACAAGAAGGCCUUCUGCUACAUUUCGGGAGAGGACGUAAUAAACUAAAUACAAGAGAUCAAGAAACUGUUGAGCUUUGGAAAAGCGUACCUCCUAAGAUGUCGUUCCCAGAACAGAGGUGAAAUUUGUAAGUAUUCUGGAACUUAAUCCAUUUCCCCAGGCUGUUACUUUCGUACUAUUGUCUCUUCUCAAGAUGAGCAGUAAAAGCUUUUAAACAAAAAAA